CCCGGGGUCGCGAGCGCGGAGCUGGCGCUUGCACAGGGACGGGAGAGCUCCGGCUUCCUCUCUGAGACAGGAUCCGCUGGCCCCUGGCUUGCCCCAAGGCCAAGGCCCAGAGAGCCGGCGCCGCCCCCGGGGCGACAAGCCUGAAGGCCCCCCCUGUAGGGCUGGCGGGGCCGCGACGACGAAAACUGAGCGGCCGUCCCUUUAAGGCGAGGCCUCAAACUGUCCAGCCCCCGGCCCCUUUAAGACGACUCCACCGUGUCCGGCGGGUCUGGUGCGGCGGCGGCCCCGUGCCAGGGGUCGAGGCAAGUCUCCCGGAGGAAGAGGAAGGGCCACCCCUUUAAAAGGGGCGGAAAGCACAACCUCCCCUUUAAACGCGUCUCAAGUCCUCCGGCUGAAAGAGGCCACCCCUUUAAAGAGUCCGGAGGCUUUCAAACAGCGGGGCCGUCCCUUUCAAGAGCUCGCAGUCCAGUUCCCAGUCCGCCACCGGCUGCCACUUCCCCUUUAAGGGGAAUUUAAGGAACUUCUCGCGUGGGGCAGGCGGGAGGAAAACUCCGCUCGCCCCAGUUCUUCCAAUAGGAGUGUCAGCUUCGGCAGGUUUCCCCUUUAAGGCUGGCGUCGCAGUCGGCCAAGUUCGGUGCCCACCCCUUUAAGGAGAUUUAAAGAGGUCUACGCCUCCGGGAGCCUUGAAAGGUGCAAGGGGGCGGAGCCUGCCUUCCAAAGCCCCGGAUGUGAGGCAACGGUGACGGAUGGAGCGUCUCUCCCUGUCCUCCGACAUAAAAGACUCUUCCUCCUUUCCGCCGUCCCUGACUGACUUGUGUCGAGAAGGAUCCGGAAAGGCCGCUGGGCCGCGAGGAGCUCCACUGUUCCCUCCUGUUGUCCUCGUUGGAGUCUCGGGCCUCCCGUCCGCCAGAACUUCCCUGCCCCUCCUCCCUCUUCCUCCUCAGCCAACGCCUCCUUCCUCUCUCCGCCUCCGCCCACUCUCCGCCUCCUUCCCCCUCCCCGUGGCUCAGGCGUUUAUAGGUUGGCAAGUAGACGUCAACGCGGGGGGCGGAGCCGAGGUCGCGGGAGUGCCGGAUGUAACCGCCCCCAAGUCUCUGAUUGGCUGGUCGGACUAGCCCCGCCCUCCCCAGGUCCUGGGACCCGACUGGUCCGAAGUAGGCGUUGGAGCGGUCCCGUAGGCCGCCCGCCUCUUCCUGCUCUCCGUGCUCAACAGUGAAACACACCCUGCAUUCGUGUGUGGAGUACUUUCACGUGAACUCACUUGGUCAUGAGUGCGAGGGAGCUGGUUGGUGGCCCAAAAGAAAGCCUGCUACAGGAAAGUUUAGAAGGAUGUGCAGGUCCCACACCAGCUCUCAUCUCCUGGCUGGAAAGAAAUACCGAUGACUGGGAACCGGCAGCCCUAGAUCCGCAGGAGUACCGGAGAUGGGCGACCUUCCAGAGAAAAACCCGAACCAGACAGAAGAAUGAAGAGAAGGAAGUGUUCCCACCUAAGGAGGCCCCCCGAAAGGGGAAGCGAGGGCGGAAGCCCAGCAAACCGCGCUUGGUUCCCAGGCAGACAUCCGGAGGCCCUAUCUGCCCCGACUGUGGCUGUACCUUCCCUGACCACCCUGCCCUGGAGAGCCACAAAUGUGCCCAGAAUCUGAAGAAGCCCUACCCUUGCCCGGACUGUGGGCGCCGCUUUUCCUACCCGUCCCUGUUGGUCAGUCACCGGCGGGCCCACUCUGGCGAGUGCCCUUACGUUUGUGACCAGUGUGGCAAACGUUUUUCCCAGCGGAAGAACCUGUCCCAGCACCAGGUCAUACACACGGGCGAGAAGCCCUACCACUGCCCUGACUGUGGCCGCUGCUUUCGACGGAGCCGGUCCCUGGCCAAUCACCGGACCACACAUACGGGUGAGAAACCUCAUCAGUGCCCUAGCUGUGGGCGUCGCUUCGCCUACCCAUCCCUGCUCGCUAUCCACCAGCGGACACACACGGGAGAGAAGCCCUACACCUGCCUCGAGUGCGGCCGCCGCUUCCGCCAGCGCACUGCCCUGGUCAUCCACCAGCGCAUCCACACAGGGGAGAAGCCUUACCCCUGUCCUGACUGCGAGCGCCGGUUCUCCUCCUCCUCCCGCCUGGUCAGCCACCGGCGCGUGCACUCUGGGGAGCGGCCCUACGCCUGUGAGCACUGUGAGGCCCGCUUCUCCCAGCGCAGCACCCUGCUCCAGCACCAGCUCUUGCACACAGGCGAGAAACCCUACCCGUGCCCGGACUGCGGCCGUGCCUUCCGGAGGAGUGGCUCCCUGGCCAUCCACCGCAGCACCCACACGGAGGAGAAGCUGCAUGCUUGCGAGGACUGUGGCCGCCGCUUUGCCUACCCCUCGCUGCUGGCCAGCCACCGGCGCGUGCACUCGGGCGAGCGGCCCUAUGCCUGUGACCUGUGCUCCAAACGCUUUGCCCAGUGGAGCCAUCUGGCUCAGCACCAGCUUCUGCACACCGGGGAGAAGCCGUUCCCCUGCCUCGAGUGUGGCCGGUGCUUCCGGCAGAGGUGGUCUCUCGCUGUCCACAAGUGCAGCAGCCCGCACAUCCCCAACGGCAGCCCUAGACCUGUUCUAGCAGGGCCUGGUCAGAGGAGGAGUGCCCUUUAGCUUGACGAAGACUGUGGAAGGUCACUUAUGCAGGGGUUCAGAGGUCAUACAGAGCGGGAAGAGCUAAAGCCCUGGUCCCCGCCUGGCUCCGCGUCCCGAACUCCAGUGUAUUCCACCACACUGGCUGCCUUACAGCAUGUCUAGAACAGUUCCCAGGAGAGGUGACACCAUUUGAUUAAAGUUUUCCAAGCUAACCCAUCUUAAAA